AUGCAAGAGACCACAAGUUUCAUGAGUGAGACAAGGGCAACUUUCAGAAACCAAGGGGCGUCCAUUCGAAACUUAGAGGUACAGGAGUGGCAAAUAGCCGAAAAGCUAAAUAAGCGACCACAGGGUUCCCUACCAAGCAACACAGUGACAAAUCCACGUGAACAAGCGAAUGCAAUAGCUCUAUGGUGUGGAACAGUCUUGGAAGAGGUGGAACAAAUAGGGAAAGCAGAGAGCCCACCAAAAGACAGGGAAGAUUCUGAUGAAGAAGUCAACAAAGAGAUCAUUAUUGAAGAGAAGCCAACAAGUCCCAAGGAAGAAGAACCAAAAAGAGAAGAGGGGUCAAGGAAGUUGGAAGAGGAGGAAACAAUGACGCUUACGGAGGAGUGCAGUGCCAUUCUACAGAAGAAGCUUCCACCGAAACUCAAGGAUCCAAGGAGUUUCACUAUCCAUUGUGUUAUAAGAGAUAUUACAUUUGAUAAGGUUUUGUGUGAUCUGGGUGUAAGUAUAAAUCUAUUGCCUUUUUCCGUUUUCAAGAAACUAGGAAUUCGUGAAGUGAAUCCUACAACCAUAUCCUUGCAGUUUGUAGAUAGAUCCAUCAAGCAUCCAAGGGGCAUUAUUGAAGAUGUACUGGUGAAGGUGGAUAAAUUCAUUUUUUUGGCAGACUUUUUUGUGUUGGAUAUGGAAGAAGACAAGGAGAUUCCUCUUGUCUUGGGACGACCAUUUCUUGCUGCCGGAAGAGCCUUAAUUGAUGUAUAA